UAAUUUGAUUUCUAUAUUUUGAUUAGAAUUGGAGUUACUAAGGAACUCAGGAGCCCUUACCUCGCUAUACUGGGUUUAGGUGGGCUACAUAAAUGGAGGCACCGCUGGGAUAGAUUUCAUUUAUUUACUACAUUUGGGUCUAGAUAGCUGCAUUCAGAGCUUUGUUACACAUUCACAAAAGCACACAACAUGGCUAACACACUAGUUGACAAGCUGAAGAAGUGGUGUCGCGGAGAAGCACUAGAAGAGAGCCACGCCCUGCUAACAGUCAUCCCUGAAAACACAGAGAUAGCACUUAUUGAAGAGACUUUACAGAGUAUCAAGUGUCUUGGUCGUGUCCGAGUCAGAGGGCGGAUCUUGAGUGACAAUGAUGAUGAAGUCUUAGUGCUGUGUGAAUGUAGAGAAAAAGUAGUGGCAGGGGAGGUUCCAAAAGAAGUGCUGACCGCUGAAGGCUUGACUGGAUGGCCCAUAGUUACAGCUUUUGACAUGCCCACUGCUGAAGAUGACUUCCAGGUGAAACUGAGGGCUCUCCUACAGGCUGAAGGAAAAACCAUUGAUGAUGUACGGACCUUGUUCCCUGAGUCACAACAAUCUACUUCUUCUUCUGCAGAGUCCCUCAUUCGUGCUGUCACAGAUCUGUUGGACAAGACAAGCAAACCCGCAUCAGAAAGUGGAGGUUAUCGCCGUCUGCGUGUCUUCUCAGGUGUUGUGCCUACUCCGGCUGGAGAGGAACAAUUUGACCAUUGGCUAGAGCAAGCUUACCUGAUGGUCGAAGAGAGUGAUGGUUCUGACAAAGACAAAAGGAGAAAGAUCAUGGAAAGUUUAAAAGGUCCAGCUCUUGAACUGAUCAAAGCAAUACGUCUUUCUGAUCCUGACGUCACUGCGGACAAGUGCUUAGAAGCCCUCGAGAGUGCGUUUGGUCUUGCUGAGUCUGGUGAUGAUCUGUAUUUCUCUUUCAGACUAUUGCAGCAGCAGCCUGUUGAGAAGUUAUCAGACUUCCUGAGAAGACUUGAACGUGCCCUGGCCAAAGUUGUGCAGCGAGGUGGCCUGCCAGCUAGAGAUAUGGAUAGAGCAAGAGUGGACCAGUUACUCAAAGGCGCAGUGAAUGCUGAUUUGAUGCUGUUGCAACUCAGAUUAAGAGAAAGGAAAGUCAAUCCUCCAACCUUUCUGGAGCUACUAAAAGACAUCCGGAAAGAAGAAGAGUACGAGGCUUCAAAAGUAAAGCUCAGUCAGUCAGUCCACACUGUCCAUGCCAAAGUUCAAGCUGAAAGCAAACAGUCAGAGAUCCUCAACCUAAGAGCUGAAAUAAAAGAAGUCAAGUCCAUGUUUGCAGCUCUCGCCACUCAAAGUCAGUCUGUGGAAGUAGACCUUCCAGAAAAGCAUCCAACCCGAUCUGAGAGUGCUACAAGUUUGGAUCCCGAAGUACAGGCUUUGAGAAAACAAGUCAAACACCUGCAACAAAAGGUGAAUUCAAAGACCAUCAGACGUCAAAGCUCAGGUCCAACCACUGUAAUGGCAGUAAACUCACCUGUGAAAACAGCACCUGAAACUGAAGAGCGCUUCUGUUAUCGCUGCGGUGAAAAUGGUCACUUGGCAGGAAAAUGCAGUAGGCCUGAAAACCAGACCAAAGUUAUUCAGAGACUUCUUCAAGCACUUAAGAGAGCCAAGACCAGUAGCUCCCAGUCCAAAGCAGAAAGUCCAUCGCAAGACCCUGCCUGCACAGUAAGAAAAAGUACUAUUGAUGUACUGCAGUCAGCAGGUAUACCCGAAGGCUUAAUAGGCCCACCCUCAGUAGAGCCACUGAGAGUGAAUGGACAUCUCUGUGACGCGCUUUUGGACAGUGGAUCUCGUGUGAGCAUAAUUUUCGAGUCCUGGUACAGAAAAUACCUGCCAAGCACUCCCAUCUAUCCGGUAACCAAGCUUGACAUCUGGGGCCUAAGUGACUCAAGUUACCCCUAUCUCGGUUAUGUCAUUGUGGACAUGGAGUUCCCAAAGAAAGGUGACUGGAGCCCCAACAACUAUGUCUGUCUUAGCCCUGAUAUGUCCAGACCCGCCAGGUCCUGA